AUGGAAAGUGCAGGCGAUGAGUUGAUUACGAUAACAACUAUACGGGACCUUCGGCCCGAGUCUCAAACUACGAGGGUCGGAGCAGAGCUCGCUUCUUUCCCUCAGUCCGCUCUUCGGCUCAAGUAUUCGGCUGACUGGGAUUUCGCUUUGCUAUCAGUAUUCCUGCCAUCGUUCCUAAUUGUGGCACUGGUAUUUUUCGCGCAAUGGAAACGACGAAAAGUUCAGGUUCUUGUUUCGUUGGCGGCAAUAAUGUGUAUGCUAAUCUUGGUGAGUCGAACGAUUUCACUUCUUGAGUAA